AACCAAACCAUCUCAAAAAGCAUCUUACAUUAUUCAAUUCAUAAUAUCAACUUAACCCCUCUCUCUCUCUGUUUUCCUCUGCCUCUUCCACAUCACUAUGGAACACAAUAUCAAAACCCACCUUCCCAUUCACACCAUUCUAUCAAACUCACCUCCAUCUUCUUCUUCUUCACCCCCUUUACAAUCUCCCAAACCUUUUCCUUCAUUGCUCUCUCAAUAUUCUCCUCCUUCCGCUACGGCCACGGCUGCCGCUCCUCCUCAACCUCCUUCUCCUCCCCCACCAAUUGUUGUUAGCCCUUGUGCUGCUUGCAAGAUCCUUCGUCGUAGGUGUGUCGAAAAGUGUGUGUUGGCUCCUUAUUUUCCCCCAACCGAUCCACUCAAGUUCACUAUUGCUCAUAGAGUCUUUGGAGCUAGCAACAUCAUUAAGUUCUUGCAGGAACUACCUGAACCUCAAAGAGCAGAUGCAGUGAGCAGCAUGGUAUAUGAAGCAAAUGCUAGAAUAAGGGACCCAGUGUAUGGUUGUGCAGGUGCAAUAUGUCAACUUCAAAAGCAAGUUAGUGAGCUACAAACACAGCUAGCCAAAGCACAAGCUGAGCUAGUCAACAUGCAUUGCCAACAAGCAAAUCUAGUAGCACUAAUUUGCAUGGAAAUGAGUACUCAGUCAUCACCAUCAUCAUCAUCACAAGACCAUAACAUGAUAAUCAAUCAACCUCAGCCGCAUGUCGACAUGAGUUGCUUCUUAGAAGACAACAAUUUUGGGUCUGCUUGGGAGCCUCUUUGGACAUGAAUUAUUUAUUAGUCUUUCUUUCCAUAGUAAAAUGUAAAACUUAAUUUCCAACUCCAAAGUGGGGGAGAAGACUAGAGCUAAUGAAAAUCUUAUUGAGAGAAUAUUUGAAUAAAGUUAUAUUAAUUAUUUACUAGCUA